UCCUCCCCCGCACGGCCCCGCGCGGCCCCGGAGCGCCGUACGAUGAUCUGCGGGCGGAGGGCGCGGCCCCGCCCCGAGCAGAGCGGGGGGGUCUUGAAGAAGUUGGGGCUGUCAGAGGAUGAGGACCUCCAGCUGAUGCUGCAGGGCUCCCUGCUGCUCAAGGUGAGCUCACGGCGGGCGAAGGAGCGGCGGUACCGCCUGCAGGAGGACGGGAUCACCGUGGUGUCUGAGCGGCGCUUCGGGCGCAUGGCCUCCAAACACAGCUUCUCUGUUGCACACAUUGUGUCGGUGCACCGGGGGCACCAUUCGGAGGGGCUGCGGCGGUACGGCUGUGCCAUCCCCGAGUGGAACUGCUUCACCAUCGCCUUCGAGGGCGGGCGCAGGAACCUGGACCUGGGGGCACGGGAUGAGGAUGUGGCACUGCGCUGGGUGCGGGGGCUCCGCACGCUGCGGGGGAGGCUGCGGGGCAUGAACCAGAGGGAGAGGCUCGAGCACUGGAUCCAUGGCAUGCUGCAGCGUGCCGAUAAGGACAAGGACAACAGGAUGUGCUUCCAGGAGGUGCAGAUCAUGCUGCGCAUGGCCAACAUCCACAUGGACAAUGCCUACGCCCACCAGCUCUUCAAGGAAUGUGACCACUCUGGUGAUGGGCAGUUGGAGGACCGGGAGCUGGAGGACUUCUGCCGGCGGCUGCUGCGGCGCCCGGAGCUGGAGGAGCUCUUUGGGCACUAUUCUGGUGAGGACUGCGUGCUGUCGGCCGAGGAGCUGCGGGAUUUCCUGCAGGACCAGGGCGAGGAGGGCACCCUACACCAGGCCUGUGCAAUCAUCUGUGCCCAUGAGCUCAACGAGAAGGCCCGGCAGCAGGGCCUGAUGACACUGGAUGGCUUCACGAUGUACCUCCUGUCAGCUGCUGGUGACAUCCUCAACCAGGAGCAUACCCAGGUACACCAGGACAUGAGCCAGCCCUUGUGCCACUACUUCAUCUCCUCGUCCCAUAACACCUACCUGACCCGCAACCAGAUUGGCGGCACCAGCAGCACUGAAGCCUAUGUCAGGGCACUGAUGAUGGGAUGCCGCUGUGUGGAGCUGGACUGCUGGGAGGGUCCCGAUGGGGAACCCAUCGUCUGCCACGGCCAUACAUUCACCUCCAAAAUCCUCUUCCGUGAUGUCAUUGAGGCUAUCCGCGAUUACGCCUUCAAGCGAUCGCCGUACCCCGUCAUCCUCUCGCUGGAAAACCACUGUGGGGUGGAGCAGCAGGCCACCAUGGCGCGGCACAUGAAGGCCAUCCUUGGGGACAUGCUGCUGACACGGCCCCUGGAAGGACAGGAUCCCAGCGUCCUCCCGUCCCCAGAGCAGCUGAAGGGGAAAGUCCUGGUGAAGGGGAAGAAGCUGCCAGAGCUGCAGCGUGAGACCAGCGGCGUCACCUCCAUCCUGGAUGAAGAGGAGGAAGAGGAGACAGAGGAAGAGGACAGGCUGCAGGCCAAAGAUACUUCACAUGUGGCCCCAGAGCUGUCAGCCAUGGUGGUGUACUGCCAGGCCACCCCCUUCCCUGGCCUGGCCCAGGCCCUGCAGCAGCCCCGGCCCUAUGAGAUGUCCUCCUUCAGUGAGAGGAAGGCCCGGAAACUCAUCAAGGAGGCAGGCCCCACGUUUGUGCACUACACCUCCCGGCAGCUGAGCCGUGUCUACCCUUUGGGAUUGAAGAUGACCUCCUCCAACUACAACCCCCAGGAGAUGUGGAACGCCGGCUGCCAGCUGGUGGCCCUCAACUUCCAGACGCCAGGCUACGAGAUGGACCUGAACACCGGGCGCUUCCUGGGCAAUGGAGGCUGUGGUUACGUGCUGAAACCCCAAUUCCUGCGCAGCCCCCACAGCGGCAGCCCCCGCCCCCUCGUGUUGCGCAUCAGGGUCAUCACGGCACAGCAGCUGCCAAAGCUGAACCGGGAGAAGCUCAGCUCCAUCGUGGACCCCUUUGUUAGAGUGGAGAUCUACGGGGUGACGGCGGACUGCAGCAAGCAGCAAACUGCCUACAGGAGCAACAAUGGCUUCAACCCACGCUGGGAGGAGACGCUCACGUUCCAGCUGCAGGUCCCUGAGCUGGCGUUGGUGCGCUUCGUGGUGGAGGACCACGACAGCACCUCCUGCAAUGACUUCGUGGGGCAGUUCACACUGCCGCUGGGCAGCAUGCGAGAAGGGUACCGCCACAUCCACCUGCUCUCCAAGGACGGCGCGUCCCUGGCCCCCGCCACGCUCUUUGUGCACGUCACAUGCAAACGCCCAUGACGUCCCCAUGGCCAACGUGCUCCUGCAUGGGGUGCAGGGACAGAAUGGGGACACUGCUCUCCAGUCAGGGUGACAGCAGGGCUGCCUGGGGUCUCCAGUGGGGUAGAGGACCCUGUCUGUCCCCCAUUUGCUGGUGCUUACACCCCACUUUUCCCCUCUGGCUGAGGCCAGGAGAUGGGGACGUGGUGACAACCAGGACAGGGUGGCCCAGCCACCACGUUCCCAAUGCAUCUGCAGGGACAUGAUGGUGACAGCAGCUUCACCAGUUCCAUCCCGACUCCUUUGGGCUGCAGGGAUGGUGCCUGCCACAAUGUCCCCAGGGAGACCCUGCCACCACAGCUGUGGCGCAAACCACAUGGUUUGGUGCUUGAGAACUGUUGACAGAGAUUUGUACCCAGUGCCCAGUGGGUUGAAUAAAGGUUUAUUGAACAGCUUGCCCUGUGUCCCCUUCACCUGCUGUUUCCUGCAGGAGGAGCAGCUUUGGGGACAAAGGGAGGAGAUGCAGGGGGAAAUGGCUGAGCCCCCUUUUCUGAUGCUCUCCCCAGUGCUGGGGGCUUGUUGGAGCCUGAUUCACCCCACUGUCCCACAGCCCCAGAAAGUCCCACAUGCUCCCAGCUCAAUACUCGUAGCUGAUGUCCCCAUCACCACUGCAGGGUGGCUCUUGGCUCUGUGGGGCACAGGAGGGGAUGCAGAGCUGCUUGCAUAGUAGGGGGACAGGGAGACUGGGAGUGCAUAGAUGGGCACAUGCAGCUUUGGAAACCUUUGGCGUGGAGAUCAAGAGCAAUGGAGUGAUGGAAACAGACAUCUUCUUGGGAAAAAGGGUUCCAUGGAAGAAUCUGAUCCUGAUUCUGAGCCUGUGCAGGAGGCACUGGGGCAGUGGGAGAGGCUGAGCCCCCAGGAAGGCUGAUGGCACGUUGUAGGGCAUGCAGGCUGGACUUCGAUGGCGUGGAGAGAAAAACAUCUGAGCACAGUGCGCCGAGGUGGCAUGAGGUGGCAGAUGUGGACGUGCUCCAAGCUGGGUCCCCUACAUCUUCGCCCUGAGGGUUCGAGUCUCCGAGGCUGGGGAGGAGAAGGGACAAGGCAUUGCUUGCACAAAUAGCCCUUAAAACCAAAUAUU